AUGACUGUCACUUCUCUUCCGAAAAUCUCGGCCGGCAGCGACCCUUCGAACGUCCAUAACAAUGGCCAGGCUAGGUACAGAGGUACCGACGAUGGUGGCUGUAUGUUGGCCCCUACAAAAGACGUGGCGGACCAAGCGCUUGAAGCGAUGGGUUACAAGGCCGAGCUGACACGGACGCGUUCAACAUUGCAUGUCGCGUUCAUGUCCUUCGUGCUUGCUUCUGUUCCUUAUGGCCUCGCAACAAUGCUUGCGUAUCCCAUCAUUGGAGGCGGCCCUGUGGCGGUUAUAUGGGGUUGGCUCGCCGUGUCGGCGAUUAUCUUCUGCGUGGCAGCAUCGCUAGCUGAAAUAACCAGUGUCUACCCAACAGCUGGUGGUGUCUACUAUCAGACUUUUAUGCUUGCUCCCUCUCGUUGGCGACGUGUAGCCGCUUGGGUAUGCGGCUGGUUCUAUACUGUUGGGACUAUAUCCAUUACUCUAUCUGUAAACUUCGGAACAACUCUUUUCUUUGUGAGUUGUAUCAACGUUUUUGAGACUGAGUCUGGUGUUGGGAUAUUCGCUCCUCCAGAUUGGCAGUUGUAUUUAGUCUUUGUCGGAAUUACCUUGCUCUGUACUGCGGUUUCGUCUCUUGGCAAUCGCUGGCUGCAUAUCCUUGACACUGCUGCAAUAUUCUGGACUCUAGCAGGAGUCCUCGCAAUCAUUAUCACGAUUCUAAUCAUGGCAAAGGGUGGACGGCGGUCUGCUGACUUUGUGUUUACGCACUUUGAAUCUAAUUCUGGGUGGCCGGACGGAUGGUCUUUCAUGGUUGGACUCUUACACGCCGCAUACGCCACCUCAUCCACCGGUAUGAUCAUUUCCAUGUGCGAGGAGGUAAAGGAGCCUUCGACUCAAGUACCUAAGGCCAUGCUUGCCACAGUCUGCAUCAACACAUUUGCUGGCUUGCUCUUCAUGAUCCCGCUCAUGUUUGUACUUCCGGAUAUCCAAGACCUUCUGUCCUCUUCACAGCCCGUUCCGGUUAUAAUCAAAGCCGCUGUUGGGUCGCCUGGCGCUAGCAUUGCCCUCUGCCUCCCUCUCCUUGUACUUGGGGUUAUCUGCGGUAUUGGUUGCACCACCGCUGCCAGCCGCUGCACGUGGGCCUGUGCUAGAGAUGGAGCAAUCCCGGGAUCUCGGCUGUGGAUGCAAGUCCAUCCCGGGCUUGGCGUUCCUCUAAACGCAAUACUUCUUUGUACAGCGGUGCAGAUCGUGCUCGGACUCAUCUGGUUUGGGUCGACGCAGGCGUUUAAUGCCUUUUCCGGUGUGGGUGUUAUUACACUGACUGCGGCAUAUGCGAGCCCCAUUGCUAUCAGCUUGUUCACUGGCCGCAAGGCUGUGGAGAAUGCUAAAUUCAGCCUUGGACGCUUUGGGGUCUUUGCUAAUAUCGUCGCCCUCGGUAUGUCUAAAAGGACUUCCCAUUUACUCCAGUAUCGUCUCUAA